CUUGUACGUAAUCGCGUGUCCACGCACGGUGAACGUUAGCACUCGUUUGCUAGACGGCCGGCUAGCAAAACGAGUCGAUUUCUCCUGGUGCGCGAUUCCAUGGUAAGAGGUAGAGGAGACAUUACUCAUCGAGGAACUUGAGGGUACUGUCAAAGGUAGUAUUACAAGGGGACCUUGUGAUAGUUAAUACGAAAGCGGCAGCGACGACGACGACGACGACGACGACGACAACAACGGCGACGACGACGGCGGCGGCGGUGGCGGUGGCGGCGGCGGCGGCAUUGUCCUGCUUGUUUUGUUGUUUCUCGCGAAACGCGCAGGUGGAAAAGAGAAGAGGCUAUCGCGUUGUUGAGGGAUCGAGGAGUGACGGAAGAGAGCGAGCCUGUGUGGUGUACAGGUCAAAUAGAGAAGAGACUGGUGGUGCACUGUGUACGAAUGCCCAUAGGUGUAUCAUAGAAGAGCAAGCGUAGCAUAAACGGAGAGGGACAGAGGUGGGAAGAAGAUUUGGAACGACGGUGACGAAAGAAAAGGACAGGAAACAGAUAGGAUAGGCGAGAAGACGGAAAGGAGGAAAGAAGAGUAUAAGAAAGAGAGAGAGAGGAAACCAAAGAAGAACGAAAGGUAGCAGCAGAGUGUACAGGAUACGAGGAAAGAGAAAGAGAGAGAGAGAAAGAGAGAGAGAGAGAGAGAGAGAGAGAGAGAGAGAGAGAGAGAGAGAGAGAGAGAGAGAAGACACAGCCGAGGCGCGUAGAGUGCGUGAUCCAAAAUGGCGCUGAACCAGGACGUGGACCAGUUGUCGAAGAGUAAUCUGGUAGUAAGAAUCGAUCAGAAUUCAGAAUCGGAUCUACAAGCGCUGUUCGACAGCGUCCUGAAGCCAGACUCGAAGCGUCCGCUGCAAGUGCCACUGCGCAUGCGCAAUCUACCAGAUUCCUUCUUUAAUCCACCGUCGACUGGUAGCAAGAGUCCCUCGAUUUCGCAUUCCCGGGAGAAUUCGGCAGAUUCGGCGUUCGGUACAGCGGUCGCGGCGGUGGCGGUCGGUGGUGCCGGGCCAACACCCGGUGGUAACGCGACCGGUACACCGGCUACCGGAGCAGCAGGUGCGGCUACUGGUGGAAGUGGAAACACCACUGGUACCGGAUCGAACGCUGCAGGUGCGGCCGCGGCUGCAGUCGCGGCCGCGGCCGUUGCCAGCCUCACCGUUGCUCAUCCUCGCGCCCACAGCAGCCCGGCAUCUCUUCAGCAAACCUACGCCUCGGCUCAGCAGGCGCCUCAGCACGCGCCUCAGCCGCACGCGCGUCAUCAUCAUCACCAGAAGCAACGCAGUUACGACGUCAUCAGUACGGUCGACGACCUAGGUCCUCUGCCGCAUGGAUGGGAACAGGCGCGCACCCCCGAGGGACAAAUCUACUUCCUCAACCACCUGACGCGAACCACGACAUGGGAGGAUCCACGAAAAACAGCGGCCGCGGCGAACGUGGCGGCCGCGGCUGCCGCCGUCGACAAUGGGAAAUCCACGACCGGCGCCACUAAUUCUCUAGGUCCAUUGCCUGACGGAUGGGAGCAAGCGCGUACUCCCGAAGGAGAAAUCUACUUUAUUAAUCAUCAGACACGCACCACUUCGUGGUUCGAUCCAAGAAUCCCCACGCAUCUGCAAAGGCCUCCGACUUCAGGUGCCAUGUUACCACAAAGUUGGCUUCAACAGCCCACCGGCGGUGGUAUUCAGAGUAAUCAAACAUUGCAGGCGUGUCAACAGAAACUUCGUCUCCAGUCGCUACAGAUGGAACGCGAGCGUCUGAAACAACGGCAACAGGAAAUUAUACGUCAGCAAGAGUUGAUGCUUCGACAGAGCACCACCGACGCCGCCAUGGACCCAUUUUUAUCAGGGAUCAACGAGCAACAUGCGCGUCAGGAAAGCGCGGACAGCGGUCUGGGACUCGGUUCUGCUUAUUCUCUUCCUCACACGCCGGAAGAUUUUCUUGCAAAUAUCGACGAUAACAUGGACGGUACAAGCGAUGGUGGCGCACCCAUGGAGACCCCAGAUCUCUCCACUCUGAGCGAUAACAUCGAUUCGACCGACGAUCUUGUUCCAUCGUUGCAGCUGAGCGAAGAUUUUAGCAGCGACAUAUUGGACGACGUGCAAUCGUUGAUAAACCCUAAUACGACAAAACCUGAAAACGUGCUGACAUGGCUGUAAUAUGGAGGAAAGAAUUGUCUAUGACAGGCAAGCAAUUUAUGAAAUCGAUUCGUUAAAAAGGAAAAAAAAAAAAAAAUUGCAAUUUCAAUACGAUACAAAACUGAAUGGAACGAUUCUAAAGGAUCUUAUCAGUAAAGCAACGAUAAUUCCAUAAAAAAAACAAAAAAAAAAAACAAAAAAAAGAAAAAGAUAGAAACGCACGUGGACGAGAAAAAUUUUAAAGUUUAAGUCGAAUGAAACUGAAUUGCAAAACGCGCUAUGCUCAACGUAUAUAAAGAAAUGUGCAUACAGAAACAUUUACGGGAUGUCCUAGAAAUAUGAACGAUAAUUCGAAAGAUUGUACACUUCUUAUUGAGCUGUAUAUCACGAAUUUCUUGUUAUGCGUCAUGUUUGUUGAACGGAUGAGAGGUGGUAAAGAAUAGUGUGAAAUUCGAAGCCUUAAAAUCUAGUGUUUAUGGCAGGCUUGUUGAGUCUUCCUGAGGAAUUGAGAGUGUUGAGCAGGCCGUAAUUAUCGUUGAGGCUUCUCGUGGAACGAGUUUUCUUAUCACUUUUCUUUUGCCACCUGUUGCGUAGAACAAUUGGAAUUGUUGGAUGGAGAAUACGAUCUUUGACGUUAUAUUUGAAGAUUUUUAGGGCAUCUUGCAUGUUAAUGAAAAUGUGUAUUCGGCUCUUUCUCUUUCUCUCUUACUGAUUUGUUUGAAUUACUUGAAUGUUUGUAUGUUUGUAUGCGUGUGUGAGUGCAUUUGCCUCCAACAUUUUGUAUAUAAGUUUGUAUUCCUAUACUAAAGCAUCGUAUGACAGAGAGCGAGAAAGAGGACUGAAUAUUAUGGAUAAUACAUUAUUUAAUGUUCGUAUCGUUCGGGCCAAUGAAGGAGAACGCAAUGAACGAAGAAAGCUUGAUGAUAUUUCCCAAUAGUAGACAAGUAACUUGUUGUUUAAUUAUAUUUAUACCAUGUUGGUUUACAAGAGAAAUCUGAUAUCAUGACAUAUCAGAUUUUUUUACGAUCAUGGAUCUCGCGUGUGAUUUAAAUUUAACAAGAGAAGAAACACCAUACCUGCUGUGUUCACGGAGUUUGUCAACUCGUGAAAUGAAACGAGAACGAAGUGCAAUUAUUAUGAAAUCUUUAUAUCAAUAUAUACAAAUGAGGGUAUAAUGUUCGAUAAAUCGAUAUUUGUCGAUUUAUGUAGCGGUGUUAUCUUUAUACGAUCUUUAUGGAAGCAACGGCGUCUAAAAGUAUCGAAGCAUUUUUAACAAACGGACACUUGUCUAUACUUUGAGGUUGGCAUACGGAACAAAUCGUGUUACGUGUAUGAUUCAGAUUCGAAACAGAAUCGUGCGUCCAAAGUAUAUGCACGGUGUCAAAGAAACAGAUGGUCAAACUUUGGUAUUGUGUUCUACCGUGUCUAAGGAACAAAAAGGGUCGAGUAAACAUUCAUCGGAAAAUUCUUCUUUCCCAAGUUGUAGACAUUUUUCGAUUUUAAUAGAGUAGGUACCAAAGUUUGGCCACCUAUUUUUUUCGCACCCCGUAUAUAUCUAUAUACGCACACACAUAUAUAUAUACACUGCAAUCGAGUACCGAUAAUGUUCAGACUACUUUACAAGCGAUAUGCUUAAACGAAGUGCCUUUUCUUUGCAAUCGAAGAGAGUGACAAUAUUGAUCGUUGUCUUUUCAAGCAAUAACCGUCCGCCUAUACGAGAUGUUUAUAUGAACAUGUGGUAAUUGUUAAACUAAGCAAACACAUUUUUAGACCCUUUUAAAUAUUUUGAAGAGGGGAACAUAAAAUGGAUAUAUAUAUAUAUAUAUUUUUUUUAUAUGUAAAGUCUAUACUUGUUACGAAUUGCAGUUAUUGGUAUUCUCAAAUCAUUGUUAGAUUGUAAAAUUCUCUUACAUUUUAUACUACAUACAUACGUUAUAAUCGAGAUUACAAAAACGAGAGUAUAUGAUAUUUAUAGAGUAUCUUUGAAUAUUUUUAGUCUUAAGGAUUUUUCGCGUUCUUACUUCUUGUUGCUUUUGGGAGUAGAACGUCGAAGGAAAAAAAAAAAAAAAAAGAGGCCGUUGAUCUUGUAAUCGUUUUUUCGCGAAACAACGCAGUAAUCAAAGCGACACGGUAAAGAGGAGACAACAUGCGUAUAUCUGUAUUUAAUUACAUGGCAGCUGAAGAGUAUGCACAUGUCACAAAAGAAGGAAAGAAUGAAGAAGAAAGAAGGAAAAAAGAACGAAGAAAAGAAAAAAAAAGCCUAGAUUGACGUAACUUUCUUUUGUUGAAAUAAUGCGGCGAUAACGUUGAUAAGUGCUCUGCGUCAGAGAUAACGAUCACGUUAAUUUUAUCCGACUGAUUUAUUUCAUGUUUUACUUUUGUUUCUUUUUUGCGGUUGAAAGUACACGAAAAAGGAGAUUUUAUUUUUCUCGAGAAUAACUGAAAUUAACGUUGUUAACGUUGUCUUCUUAAUCAUUUUUGAAUUGAAUCGUCAUAGUUACGUCUGCCAAUAGCGGUCGUUUGUUGAGUAUGAGUUUGUAAGCUGAUAAAUUUAAGAAAAAAGAAAGAAAAAAGAAAACGUGAGAAGAAAAGAUGAAAAGAAAAGCUAUAAGCUCUCCUCUGUCUUUUCUCGCAGCAAGGAAAAGUCCUGGAGACGCGAGUUAGAUUUUUGUUUCUAUGGUUGUUCGCACGCUUGGUUUUCAUCUUUUUAUUGUUACAACUGUAGUUGUACGACUGGCGCGAGUAUUCGACCUCUUUUUACUUUUUUAAUGAAGUAAUAAAACGAUUAUGUAAUAUUCAUUCGAUAUUUGUGUUACUAUUUGUAUCAUUUGACUGAAACUUGGAAAGCGAUCGCUGUAUAGUAAUUACGCGCAGAGACAUAAAACAUGGUAGACGCUUCAUAUUAUCGGCAUUAAAAUUAAAUUAAUAACAAUUUGUACAAUUGUUUAAAAUAUCUGGCGCGAUAUCAUCGUUUCACUCGAUUCUUUGUCGCACUGAGAUAUCAGAAAUUCCUACGUAGCGAUACUGUAACCUGUAAAAGAAGACGCUCGUGGCUUGUGAGGUUGAUGUCGAAAGUUUAUAUGUUUGAUUGUACACACAAUCUUAACCUUGUCAAAAGGCACAAAAUCUUCUUUCCUAUUAUCAGUGUCUGCUAUGUUUUCUGUUCAAUGGUAUAUUAUGCUCGAUCGUAGCGUGAAGUUUGUAUUACAUACAAAUACUCAUUCUCGAGCGCGAUCCAGGAAAGUUACCAUCGUUAACGAGAAUCGUGAAACUGACGUUGCGUUACUUUCGAUGCGAUAGCUUCCAGGCGUGUCAAGUCAGAUAGAUAUAAUGUAUUAUUUUUAUUGCUAGUUAACGAUAAUAUUAAUAUUACCAUACCGUAUCUUGCUUUUAGUUUAAACUCCAUUUAAUUGUUACGUUCAGUGGCGGGCAGAGAGGUAAGGAGGAGGGGGGGGGGAGGGAGGUAGGGGGGCCUCCAGCAGAAGUGCCUUUGAGUUAACGUGGAGGAAAAAAAACAAAAAAAAAAAAAAGAAAUAAAAUACGUGCUACUUCACGAGGGUGAAAAGCGUUUUGUCAAUAACAGUCGAAUAACAGAAACAGAAAAAUGAAAAUAAAUCAGCAAGAAUCCUCCUUGGGCGGACAUAUCUAUAAUAUCUGAGAUUAUGCUAUGAGAAGGAAUUAGUUUAAUAUCAGUAUUUAAAUAUGCUCAUUGGCAAUAAUUUGUGACGUAUACAUUUUUAUAAUGGUAACAAGUGCCUUAGCAAUAACGAUAAUGAAAAAUAUAUAUUGUUUACUUACUGACAAA